UUGACCCAUACAGACCAAUGUUAACAGUGCUAUUACUUUGUAUGACACUAUAGUGGUAGGCUUGAUUAUCGAUGAGACGACCUACAGGGAGAAGGUGAGGGCCCUCGGAGUGUGGUGUCAGGAAAAUAACCUCACAAUCAAUGUCAACAAAACAAAGUAGAUGAUCGUGGACUUCAGGAAACAGCAGAGAGACCACCCCCCUAGCCACAUUGGCGGGACAGUAGUGGAGAAGGUGGAAAGUUAAGUUCCUCGGUGUACACAUCACGGACAAACUGAAAUGGUCCACCCACAUAGACAGCGUGGUGAAGAAGGCACAACAGCGCCUCUUCAACCUCAGGAGGCUGAAGGAAUUUAGCUUGUCACCGAAAACACUCAGUUUGUGAGUUACAGAUGCACAAUCGAGAGCAUCCUGUCGGACUGUAUCACCGCCUGGUAUGGCAACUGCUCCGCCCACAACCGUAAGGCUCUCCAGAGGGUAGUGAGGUCUGCACAACGCAUCACCGGGGGCAAGCUACCUGCCCUCCAGGACACCUACACCAUCCGAUGUCACAGGAAGGCCAAAAAGAUCAUCAAGGACAACAACCACCCGAGCCACUACCUGUUCACCCCGCUAUCAUCCAGAAGGCGAGGUCAGUACAGGUAUCUCAAUGCCAUCAGACUGUUAAACAGCCAUCACUAACAUUGAGUGGCUGCUGCCAACAUACUGACUCAAAUCUCUAGCCACUUUAAUAAUAAAAAAAUUGAUGUAAUAAAUGUAUCACUGGUCAGUUAAACAAUGGCACUUAAUGUUACAUACCCUAAUGUUUACAUACCCUACAUUACUCAUCUCAUAUGUAUAUACUGUACUCUAUACCAUCUACUGCAUCUUGCCUAUGCCGUGCUGCCAUCGCUCAUCCAUAUAUUUAUAUGUACAUAUUCUUAUUAAUUCCUUUACACUUGUGUGUAUAAGGUAUUUGUUGUGAAAUUGUUAGAUUACAUGUUAGAUAUUACUGCAUGGUCAGAACUAGAAGCACAAGCAUUUGGCUACACUCACAUUAACAUCUGCUAACCAUGUGUGUGACAAAUAACAUUGGAUUUGAUGUAUUACUUUGUAUGAUUAAACAGAGGCCUUAGUCAAAAUAUAUAUGGAAAUCAAGUAGAAUGUAUUUCCAUCUCAUAGGAGACAGUAUAGAGUAGACAUGAAUUAUAUAAUGUUAUUUCAAGGAAUGUUCCACUACCAAAAAAUAAAAACAACUUUUUAAAGGGCUAAAUCCGGUUUGCAGAAGAGCCGCAUUAUGGCAUGAUUGAAAUUUAAAGGUAAUUUCCGAUUGAGAAGACAAAAUGCAGCGUUUUACUGUGAGUCUCCGCGAACAUUGGAACUAUCACGUUCUGACCUUUGUUUUGUCUUUAUUUAGUAUGGUCAGGGCGUGAGUUGGGGUGGGCAGUCUGUGUUUGUUUUUCUAUGUUUGGUUUCUGUUUCUGCCUAGUAUGGUUCUUCAUCAGAGGCAGGUGUCGUUAGUUGUCUCUGAUUGAGAAUCAUACUUAGGUAGCCUGGGUUUCACUGCUGGUUUGUGGGUGUUUGUUGCCACACGGUACUGUUUCGGUUUUUGUAGAUUUCACGUUAUCGUUUGAGUGUUCAUUUGUCUUUAUUAAAAACAUUAUGGACACUUACCACGCUGCAUCUUGGUCCGAUACUUACUCUUAAGACGAAGAGGAGAUCUGCCGUUACAGGGACAUUGCCUUUAAAUUUAAAUCGCUCUAUAGUAUGGAUCUUCUGCAGUAUGGGUUUAAUCUUAACCUACUACAAUAACCUAACCAUAACAUGGUGAGAACUAAAGCUAAAUAUGCCACGAAGCAUGUACAGAAGUUCAGAGACACCUGGAAAUCUCUAUUUGCAGAAGAUUAAGAUAAGCAUCAGCUGUUUUCUUCCUUUACUCAUCUUUCAUAGACCUGUUUUACGGCGCAAGGGAGGAAGCCACUCGAUAAAACAAUAACUUUCGAAAAACAUAUGUUGCAAUGGUCUGUCUGAGUAAAUGUUUCAUUCUGUGGCCGUCCUCUUCCCCCUAGGAGUCUGCCGCCUACACUCAUCCUGAACAUGCUGUGGCUGGCUGUGUAUAUAUAUAUAUAUCUGUCUGAUCUCUGCUACCAUCUAGUGUCUCCACUGUAUCUCAACACCAAUGAAUAAGGAAAACAAUCACUGGUUCCUUGUUCUAGUCCCUAACACCUUGGUGUUUUCAGAUCUCUAGGAACUGGAUAGAUAUGAGUUCCAUUAAGUCCAUUACCAAUCACCAUAUUGCUUACACUUAUCCAUUCUCUUCAGAUCUGAAAGUGGUGUCCUGGGAGAAGAGGCUAAUAUGGGCUUGGGGUCAUUUUCAGACUGGACAAGGCAAUGUCACAUUGUGAAGGUUACAAGGACACCUACAGUAUGUUGUGUAUGGGCCCUGUGUGACUGGGUCUUAUGGAUUUCAGGCCUUACUCCAAUGAGUGCUGGAUGCUAGCGAAUGGAGUGUAGGGUUUCUGCUUGUCUAUUGUUGCCAGUGUAAGCUGAUCUGUUACCUGCUCCCUCAAUACAGGAAUGCGAGCCUGGUUCGCCUGUGUGUGUUAUCGUGUGCAUGUUUGCGUGCACGUGUGUUUGAUUGUGUACGUGGUAGGGCAGAGAGCCCAUCCCAUCGGCCCAAUAGAUGAGGAUAAUAAGCUCUCUCUACCCCUGAGAACCCCACUGUUCUCUGUGGCCUCUUUAAUAUGUAACACACUCCAUUGACAGGCCUAUGAGUGUGAGUUCAGAGGGACGGGCAGCCUGAAAUAUUAAACGGCCUGAGGAGCCGCUGCAGGCUCAAUUUGUUUGCUCAUCAUUAGAGCAGCUUCUGUGGAAGCGUAGAGCUGAACAACAGGGGAGAUAAAGGGAAGAAGACCUACCCUCCAGGGGAUUGUACUAGAGACAACAGGAACUAGGCUAUGUAAUAAGCUCAUCACUCUAUCUGACCCUAUACUGUAGUGUCGAUUUAGUUUGUCAGUAAAGGAGUACAACACUGGACUGGUCCUGGGACGGAGGUUGCUUUGAAAACAGAAGUCAUGGCAGGUCUCCAGGGAACUACCAAGGACCUUUAGGAGGUUUGGAGGACAAACCAGAAGGAUGGAGGAGGAAGCACCAGUACCUGAUGCCCAAGACUUUCAUGCCCCAGAAGCCCCCGCAGAGGCCCCUGACUUAGAGGCCCCAGAAGAUCCCCCUGUAGAGAGUGGUGUGUCGGCCGGAGGAGUUCCACCAUCCAGAGACAGCCGUAAACUGGACUGUAUCAUCUGCUUCUGUGCCUUCAACCUGGCUGAGAGGCUGCCACGCAAGCUCUACUGCGGCCACACCUUCUGCCAGGCCUGCCUGAGACGCCUUGACACCAUCCUCAAUGAGCAGCAGAUGUGGAUCCCCUGUCCACAAUGCCGGCAGAACACUCCGCUACCUCGCGGGGGAGCUACAGCCCUGGACCUGGACCUAGCAGCCUUCCUGGGGGUCAAGGCUGACUUGGACAGCCAGAAGUCCAGCCCCCAGCAGGGAGGAAAAGAACUAGGCAACCAGCUGGAGCUAAAGCCCUCCUUUGGGAAGCAGCCCAUCAUAGAGCAGCCUCAGGCCACCUGGAACCAUGGAGGACUGGCUGAGCCUCGCUUCCACAGGAGCCCUUGCUGCAGGCGCUUCUUCUGCUGCUGGUGGUGCUGCUAGGAUGCCCAGUCAUGUAUGAAUGACAAGAGUUUUUAAAGCAUCUGGGCAGCAGUUUUCCCAUUAGUGCCAGCUGUAAUUGAUUAUAGGAAUGCCUGGGCUUCCAAGGCUAAAACAAUGGAAAAUAUAGGUUAUAACUAGGGCCUGACUGCGUGAUCUGACCAAAGAAAAAUGUACUACUGAAAAAAAAAAAACACUACUGGGGAGAACAGUGUUCACGAGACUGACAAAGUUGUGUGGGGGACAACAUUUUUUCCCCACAUCGUGGGAGAAAGAACGUUUCAGCACUCAAAAUGGGACGCUGGAUAAAGACCUCAAUGACCUCACCUACAACCGAAAGACUCCUCUACUGCCUCCUUUCAACUAUGCAGUUGGACAUAUAGGCUAUUGGUACCUUGAUUGUUGAAAGUCCAUUAUUUUAUACACACUUCGUUGAGUUAUAGUAUAAUUUAUCUAGCCGCUCUAGAAUCUCCCAUUAGUGUUUAAUUGGGUUGAGAUCUGGUGACUGAUAGUCAUCAAACCAUUCAGUGACCACUCGUGCCCUGUGGAUGGGGCAUUGUCAUCCUAUAGUAAGCCAUGGUAGCUCAAAUAUAUGCCUGUCCAGCAUUUUUAUGCAUGACCCUUAAUUAAUUUACAAACCACACCUGUGUGGAAGCACCAGCCUUCAAUAUACUUCGUAUCCCUCAUUUACGUGUUUCCAUUAUUUUGUAUGUAACCAUUUUGUCAUGUGCAAGUGUAAAAGAAUGGAAGAAGAAAAUAUGGAGUUAUCGUUUUUAUUAAAAACUAGACAAAAGGAUCGACUUCUGACA